GGGCGCUGCCGACGUGCAGUUUUGAACACGUUUCCGGCAGUUGCGGCAACUCUUUCGUGGAGUUUCUUCAGAACGUGCGCAACAACAGAAGUGUCGGGACCAUGAGCGAGAAAGUUCGCGCCGGUGGCGUCCACGUCCGCCCGAAACCGAGACCCCGCCGUGCGGUGCAGCCGCCCUCCUGCAGCAGGACCCUGCAGCAGGCCUCGAGCAUGGCCCUGUUCGUGGCUGCAGGUCUCGCCACCUCUCAAAAUGGUCAAUCCUCCUCCUCGGAGGUCUUCUCCACUGAGUCCGCCCCGUGGGGAAGUCUGAUCCCCAACACUGUGAAACAUUUGGGGCCGGCAUCGAGUCGCUUCCGGCUCAACACUCCCCCGCCGCUCAUGUGCACAAGCCCGGCUCCUCCCAAUCAAGCGGACCCCUUCCGGCGUGGGCCGCACGCGUUCAGGGACCUGGGCGGCCCCACGCAGAUGUCCCGCGACGGCGUGCGGACGGUCCUCCGGCUGAGCCCGGAGGAGGACCAGGCGAUCACUUGUCUCCUCAAACUGCGCUACCAAGGGCCGGAAGACUCUCGGGUAAGGUUGCGAAAUAUCGUUUUGGAAACUUUCCACGGGAAUGAAAGGGAAUUGACUAAAUCGAAGGAGGCCCGGGGUGGCGUCGGUCCGACGGACGAGCGGACGCCCGGCGCUGCAGCUGCGCCUCCGAGUGGCGCGGGAUGGAAGGAGUUCAGGCAAAUCGACGCCGUGGAGCAUUAUGAGGAAUACCUGCUACCGAUCCCGCCGCCAUCCAUGGAUGAGCGACGUCCCUGAGGCCGAGCACGUACGUCUUCCUGUCUCUUGGGGAACGAACAGCAACAACCUUGAGUACCCAAACAACCGUUCUGCUUGUUAUUGUUGUUUGACACUUUUAUAAUUACUGC